AUGGUGAAAAAUGAUAUGCUGGGAAUUGGUUCCGAUUUUAUGGAAAGCAAUUUAGAGGCGAUAUUAAGUGAAGAUGGCUCAUUGCAUGUUAAGCCAGCUGUAACACACGUGAUUGAUGUGACAUGGUUAUCCGAUGGUUUGGUACCACUUAUUUACACUGACAAAUUACAGUUAACAGCUACAAAUAACACUGAAUCUCUUCAGGAUCAAAAUCUUAAAAUGAAAAAUAUUAAAAUUUCAAUAAAUAAAAUUGCUAACCUUCAACUGAAAUCAAAUCAAAGCAUGGAAGAAGCUGAAAUAUUGCAGCCUACUAUUGAAGCAAAGUUUUCAAAAUUUGAAUUUGAAUCGACGGAAAAAACAAUAUUGGGAAAUCUCAGUGAAACGAAUGAUCCAGUGGAAAUGAAAUUUUUGAUCAAAUUAACUAAACAAGAUAGCGGAAACAAUGCUGAAACAGCAAAAUCUACCACAACAUCAAUGAUUUCUUCGUUAAUUGCUUGCUUAAUAAUUAAUUCGUACUUAUUGAUAUAUUGA